CUUCAAUCUACCAUUGCCCGUUGCCUCUGACGCUGUACUGUCCACGUCCGCCGCCCUGAUUUGAAAAGAACUUUGAACCUACGGCCAUGGCCGUUAACGGGCCGCCAUCGUCGAGGACCCGAUUGCCGAAUUGGUCGGACUCUGAUUCCGGCUUCAAUCCCAACGCCUGGAGCAACACGAGCACGUUCGCGGAACCCGAUGGCCAGAAUGGCGCCCCUACAGGCGUCACCUCUUCCUGCAAACCCAGGAGGCUACUCUACAGAAGUGCGCGUUGCACCAACAUGCUGGGCCUCGCCUGUGUAUUUUUCGUCGUCUUCGUACUGUAUUACUACUCCAUGGCAAACGACCCAUUACCUGGCUCGAUCGCCGGCGGUAUCGUGACAAAGGAUCUUUUCGAAACAAUACAUGUACCGUCCUACGCAGACGAUCCGGGCGGGAAGAGGAGGUUACGCGUCGUCAUGCCGGCCGACGGCCCGGCCCUCAACCUUUGCAAGGUCAUCAUGUCCGCCGUCGCCCUGGGCUAUCCGAUGCCCACCAUUCUGAACUGGAGGGGAGAGUUCAACCGGCCCGACUGGCAGUUUGCGGGCAGCCAUAUCGCCAAGCUCGAGAGCCUCCUCGUCAUCAUCGAAACACUGCUAGGGCAGGAACCCGAAGACGCGGACGAAGAGGACCUGAUCCUGCUGGUGGACGCCUACGACAUUUGGUUCCAGCUCCCGCCUUCGGUGCUGAUUGAGCGCUUCCACCAACUCAACCGCGAGGCCGACGAGCGCAACCGUCGCGAGUGGGAGGCCCUGGCCGCCGACUUCCCCGUGCCCCCGCCGAAGCAGUCCAUCAUCGUCACCACGGCCAAGGAUUGCCACCCGAGCUGGGACUCGGGUUCCGAGCCGAACUACGCGCACUGGCCCGAGUCGCCCCUGCCGAGCGACUUGUACGGCGAGGACACCGACCGCGUCUUCUUCUUCGCCGACCCGGCCCGGAAACACAGGAAGGUGCGGCCCCGCUGCGUCAACAGCGGGCUCAUCAUGGGGACCAUGGGAUCCCUCCGCCAGGCCCUGCGGCGCUGCAAGGAGAAGGUCGACGAGACGGCCAUGCGGGGCCGCCAGCUCUGGAGCGACCAGGCGCUCAUCGGCGAGGUGAUGGGCGACCAGAUGCUCUGGCGCGAGUGGAUGCGCAGCCUCGCCGCCACGUGGAACGGGACGGCCGCCGAGGCACGGCUGGACGCCCUGGCGCCCGAGACGCGGGCCAUCGCCCAGGCCGCCGUCCGCGACGGGAAGAAGAAGCAGUUCGAGUUCGGCAUCGGGCUCGACUACAACUUCACCACCAUCCCUCCGACUUGCUCGGCCGAGGAGGACGGCCAUUUUGUCGUCAUCGGGGACGAGAAGGCUCUGGCGCGCGCGUCGGCGAGGGCCGGCGUCCCGGACGGAGUGCGCGUGCGCGGCAUCCCGCCCGAGCUGAAGGACAGCAAGGGGCCCGUUCCCGGGAAGAAGUGGGACGAGGUACCGCUCUACACGGACUUUUACUUCGGCCUUUCUCCCGUCGGCAUCCACCACAAUGCGUACAUCAACGGCCUCAAGCCGUGGCGGCUGGAGAAUUGGUGGAACAUGACCUGGUUCUACCCGCACCUGCGCGACUUGGUCGUCGAGCACUUGAAGCCCGUCGCCGUGAAGGAGCAGGAGCAGGGGCAGGGGCAGGGGCAGGGGCAGGGGCAGACGCCGCUGGCUAGGCUCCCGCCGCUCGGUAAGCAUGGCAAGGAGACUGUCUACUAUGCGCCCCGGGCCGACGCCGAGAAGAAGACGGUGCGCAUCUUCGAGCCGUCGCGGGAGUUCACCCCCGUUGACUGGGACGGCGUGUGCCAGAAGGGGAACCAGCCAUGGCAUAAGAAGAUCUUUGGUGACGACAAGGGGCCGUUGGAGCUCUAGGAGACAUGCUCUGUCUGCCCUACUAGCAUCUAAUGAAAGAAGAAAACCCGAAUGUGCAGUACUAGCAAGCCAAUCUGUAUAUACAUACAUCGAGACAGCGACGGAUGAGGCUUACCGGGCUUUAUAGAAAGGACACCAUAAUUAUACAUAAUACCAUUCCCAUU